AUGGCAUAUGCAUUCGACAUCUCACCUGAGAAACGUGCCAGUCGCGCCAGCUUCGUCUGGCGGCAGCUCUUUGUCACACCACCACCCGUCUCAUCCGAUGAAGUCAACCUGGCUGGGAGAACAGGGAUUGUUACUGGCGCUACCGGUGGAAUAGGCCUCGAGAUAACACGCCAGCUACUGAGCCUUGGAUGCAAGGUCAUCAUGGGUGUUCGAGAUGAGCACAAAGGCGAGGCAGUCCGUCAAGAUCUAAUCAAGGAAGGCAACCUCACCGAUGACAUGAACUUGGACAAUCUAAAGAUCGCCAUCCUCAACGCAGGUAUCUACAAAGUAUCAGAGGCUUUUAGCCCAACAGGGUACGAGGAAGGGAUGCAGAUCAACUACCUAUCAAACAUUCUUCUGCUCAUCUCACUGUUGCCCAUCAUCAAGAAGAAUGCACCCGCGGGUGAGGCUGGUCACAUCUGCCUUGUGUCAUCCGACACAGCUGCUUGGGCUAAAUUCGAGGAGAGAACCUCGACACUUCUCCUACCCGUAUUCAAGAAGCCUAUGAAAAUAUGGGAUAUGGGAGAACGCUAUGGUACGACAAAACUGCUCGGCCAGCUAUUCCUCACCGCCUUAUCGAAACGCGUCUCGUCAGUUACACUGUCCUGCGCGAACCCAGGGCUUUGCGGCGGUGGCUCAGACCUUGCUCGUGAAGCAAAAGGUAUACUUCGAUUUGCACACAAGAUACAGUGUCUUGUUCUCAGUCGGACAUGUGCUAUUGGUGCUCGUACAAUUGUGCACUCGGUUACGACGCUGCAUAAGCAAGCACAUGGUCACUACGUCGAGGGUGAUAAGAUACAGCCCAUGGCACCGAUUGUGUAUCAAGAUGAGGGGAAAGAGGUUGCUGAGCGACUGUAUGCAGAGACACUGGAGGAGCUGUCAUUUGCUGGGGUGGGACAGAUUAUAGAUGGCCUACCAGAGUAA